GGAGGUGAGGCAGCCAUGCCAGGCGGUGGCCCCAGCGAGAGGAUGACCUGGCCAGGGCCGGCCCUGCCCCCGGCCGUCCCAACCCGCCCUUUCUCCUCAGCCGCGGCACCCAUCCCGCCCCUCACCAGGACCCGCAGCCUCAUGGCCAUGUCCCUGCCUGGGAGCAGAAGGCCCUCCACUGGAUCUCGCAGGCGUACCUCACCCCCUGUCAGCAUGCGGGAUACCUAUGGUACCUCCUCACUCAGCAGCAGCAGCAACUCUGGCUCCUAUAAGGGCAGUGACAGCAGCCCCACGCCAAGGCGUUCGAUGAAGUACACCCUGUGUAGCGAUAAUCAUGGCAUCAAGCCUCCCACUCCAGAGCAGUACCUGACGCCCCUGCAGCAAAAGGAGGUCUGCAUCCGUCACCUGAGGGCUCGGCUCAAAGACACACAGGAUCGACUUCAGGACAGGGAUUCAGAGAUCGAUGACCUGAAGACUCAGCUGUCUCGUAUGCAAGAGGAUUGGAUUGAGGAAGAAUGCCACCGGGUGGAGGCCCAGCUGGCUCUCAAGGAGGCCCGCAAGGAGAUCCGGCAGCUCAAGCAGGUGAUUGACACAGUCAAGAACAACCUCAUAGACAAAGACAAGGGGCUGCAGAAAUACUUUGUUGACAUUAACAUCCAGAACAAGAAGUUGGAAACCUUGUUGCAUAGCAUGGAGGUGGCCCAGAAUGGGACCGUCAAAGAGGACGGAGCUGGGGGCUCCUCAGGGGGCUCUCCUGCCCGAUCCCUAACCCGAAGCUCCACCUACACCAAGCUGAGUGAUCAGGCCCCUGGAGAUCGCAAUGCUGACCUUCAGAGUGCAUCCACAGAAGAGGUGGGGGACAGUGGCUUUGCAGCUGCCGAUGACACUUUGAGCCGGACGGAACUGUUGGAGGCGAGCAGCCUGCUCUCUUCUGGGGUGGACUGUGGCCCGGAUGAAGGCUCCCUGCAGAGUUCCUUCACCUUGGGCUCCCGACUUCCAAACAGCUCCACCUAUGAGAAGCUGCUGGGAGGCAGCGGCGGGGGUGUGGAGGCUGGUGUACAGGCCAGCUGCAUGCAAGAACGGGCCAUCCAGACAGACUUUGUGCAUUACCAGCCUGACCUAGACACUAUCCUGGAGAAAGUGAUGAAGUCACAGGCCUGUGGGCUGGCCAGCCCUGGCCCUAGCCCAGCCUGGACCCCAGCCCCAGAUGUGGAGGACGGAGGGGUUGGCAUAGAAAUGCCCUCAGGCUUCCCAGGGCCAAUGGACCUGAUACCAGCUGACCCUAAUUCAGCAGUGGUGGUGACAGUAGGAGAGGAGCCCGCAAUGGCUCCAGUGACCCAAGGCCCUUCCCCACACGUGCCCAACCUCAACCCGUCGGUGAGCAUCUCCUGCCCCGUGGAUGAAGAGGCUGGCGAGGUAGCGCCCGAGCCUAAAAGCUACUGGAGCCGCCACUUCAUUGUGGAUCUCCUGGCAGUGGUGGUGCCCGCGGUGCCAACAGUGGCCUGGCUGUGCCGGUCCCAGCGGCGCCAAGGCCAGCCCAUAUACAAUAUCAGCUCCCUGCUUCGGGGAUGCUGCACAGUGGCCUUGCACUCCAUCCGCAAGAUUAGUUGCCGUUCCGUGAGCACUUCGGGGCCUGUGGGCACCGGAGGCAGCUCCCAGCUGUGACUGGCCACCCACCCCUGGGAACCAGGCACAGCCUGGUCUGACCACUGAUUGUAGGUCUUUCUCUUUCCCUCUCUCUCUCUCGCACACACACACUCACACUCACAUGUGCACGGAGUGUCAUCAUCUUAAUUUAUUUAGCUUUUCCAAAAUAGGGAGGCCAUAGUCUGGGUAGGCCAGGAUAGCCUGGGGAUGUCUGAAGUUCUGCAGGUGGCUGCUCCUCUGGCCUCUUGGGGCAGGAAGGGAGGGUUCUAUGGCAUAGAAUGAGAGGGGGACGGGAUAGAUCUGAUUGAAGCUGGGAUACUGCCAACUUCUAUCAUUGGAAAGAAGAUUCCCAUUGAAGGAAGACAGCAAAGGACUUCAGCUUCCAUUUUCCUCUCCACAAUGCCUGUCUCCCUCUGCUACCCCAACUCCUCCUAUCCAGUUGACAUUCUCCCUAGGCAGUUCUGUAUUUGUUUUUUGAGUAAGCUGGCUGGUCCUCAGUGUUCGUGGGACUACCUUCUUAGUCCUUUCUCCCUUGACUGUUAGGUCAGUAUUAUUGCUUCCAGUGGAGGAAAUGACUCGCCCAAGGUCACAUGGCAUAGGGAUUGGAAUUGCUGGGAAAUGGGAACACAUGGCUUUCUUCUCUUUGCCUUCAUAGGCAACCCAGGUUGGUUCUGGAAAUGAAUGGUGGGGGAAAAGGGAAGUAAUGACUGAAACUGCCCUGACAU